UUUGUUUUAGAAACCAAUUGGUCAACAUGAAUUCAUAAACAAAUGCAUUCCCCUGAGGAUCGCUGUGGGUUUAUAUCCCCCCUGACAGGAAGCUCAGCCUCAGAUCAGCCUGCAGUUCUGCUUUUAUUACCAACCGAUUCAAAUUUCUGCAGGAAUCUGAUUAGAAUCCGACAGCAGUCCAUCUGGUUGAGCUGCUCGACGGCUCCAUCCCGCAGCAUGAUGCUGCCUCUGUUGCUCCUCGGCUUCAUAUCCGGCAGCCUGGCCUGUCACUGUGACCUUUACUCCUGGACCUCCUGGUCCGCCUGCACCACGACCUGCAACUACGGCACUCAGACCAGAAACAGGAACUUUCGGUAUGAUGAUUAUUUUUGGAAGAACAGCUGCCCCCAGAUAUGUCCCAAGACUGAAACCAGAGGUUGUAACCAGCAGGCGUGUCCCAUCAACUGCGUCCUGUCCGAGUUCAGCCGCUGGUCCGACUGCUCGCCCUGCGCCAAGAAGCAGUUUCGGACCCGGUCUGUGGUGAGACCUGCCCAGUUCGGUGGUUCUGAAUGCAGCGUGGAGCUGACAGAGGAAAGGCCCUGCUAUCCCUCCAAGGAGUGCCAGUUACCGCCUGUGGACUGCAGAGGCGACUUCAAGUGUGACAACGGGCGCUGCGUCAACUCAACGCUGACAUGCAACAAGCAGAACGACUGUGGAGAUAACUCGGAUGAGAGAGACUGCGGAGCUUUUUCAUUCGUCUGUCCUUCUGAGAGGAGACCGGCCCCGGGGGUUGAUCUGGUUGGAAACGGUUUUGAUUUUCUGGCGGAGGAGCCGAGGGGAGACGUGCUGGACAACAUGUUCAUGGGAGGAAGCUGCAUCAUCAGGCGACCACAAAGCACUUUAGUCUACCAUCGAGUGCCGUACAACUUUAAGACCUUUGACAUUAAGGUUGGGGUGUUGGAAGACUUCAGCACCGACCCGCAGCAGGUGGUUUCUGAGCCGGUCGAGAUAAAGAGAUCGAAUCAGAGAGAACAAAACACACGAGAUCCAGACGACUUCCUCUUUGUGCUCUUUUAUGCCCACAGUUCUUCUAGCUCCAGUCUGACCUCGAGUAAGGAAGCCUUUGAGGCCUCAAAGAAAAAGGACUCUAAGUUUUUCCGAGUGCAUCAACUUCUACCGGUUUCCAGCUUUACAGUGAAGGAUCCACAGGAUCUUGUGCUUUCGCUGCCAUUCCUUCGGUUCCUUCACGCUCUGCCACUCGAUUACAACUACGCCCUCUACAGGGAAAUCUUCCAGCGCUUUGGCACGCACUACUACAGCUCUGGAAAACUGGGAGGCCACUAUGAUCUGCUCUACCAGUACAGCCGGGAGGAGAUGAGAAGCUCAGGUGAAACAGACGAGACCGUCAAUGGCUGCCUGCGCAAAGAUGUCUUCUGGACUGUAAUCCUGUACACUGAAUUCAGCAGCGUACAGAGAUGCACCAACAACCGCAUGACUGAGAAAUACCAAGGCUCGUUCAUCCAGGCCUCUGAGAAGUCCUUCUCCAGGGUGAAAGGCGGUGGAGCCAGGGAAGCUGGAGCUCUGGCCUGGGAGAGACAAGGCGCUGCUCCGGACAAGACAUCCUACAAGAACUGGGCCAAGUCUGUGAUUGACAGCCCUGCUUUGGUGGACUACAAGUUGCGUCCAAUCAUAGAUCUGGUUCGGGGAAUUCCCUGUGCUGUCACAAAGAGGAGACACCUGAGGAAGGCUCUGCUCCAAUACCUGGAGGAGUUUGAUACCUGCAAGUGCUCCCCGUGUCCCAAUAACGCCAAGCCGGUUCUCUCUGGGACCGAGUGCAAGUGUGUUUGCCAGACAGGAACCUUCGGCACCAACUGUGAGUUACGGGCGCCAGACUACACUUCAGAGGCAGUGGAUGGUUACUGGAGCUGCUGGGGGCCGUGGAGCAGCUGCAGCGCCACCAUGAGGAGACACAGAACAAGGAAGUGUGACAACCCUGCUCCCCUCAGAGGCGGCCAACCCUGCGACGGUCCAAAUAAACUAGAGGAACGGUGUCCCCUCUCCCUGUUUGAAAAGAAAGAGUCGUGUGACAACGAUGAUGACUUCACUGUGGGAUGGAGGGAUGAGCUGCCGCCGGGGGUGGAGGGAUGUUUGAGGCCGCAGAGACCGAACCACAGCUUCCUCAGGAAAUCUAAACAGUAUUACAGCUUUGGUGAGGACGAGGAGUUCCAGUGCUUCACUGGAUUUGAACUGGUCGGUUUCCAGUUCAUUAACUGUCAACCAGAUGGAACCUGGAGUCAACCAAAAGGAAGAUGCAUCAGGAGGCUUUGCGUUGCUCCAGAGGUCCCAGAGAACAUGGAGCUUCAUCCCCCCAAAGCGACGUUCAGAGUGGGAGAAUCGGUUGGUUUCAACUGCAAUGAGACGGGCCUGAUGCCGAUGCCAAGAGGCCUCUACAGGUGCAGCAGCAAACUGACCUGGGAGCCGCCGCUGCCUGCAGACCUUCGCUGCACAGAUGAGCAGCCGUUUGUUCCUGAUGGUCAGUGUGGUCCAGGACAGAGGCGACAGAGAUCUGGCUGUGUCUGCAUUGAACGGGAAAGUUGUCUUUCACAGACGGCGAGUCUCUGCGUCCUGAACGUAGACCUGGAUCGCCCCGUGUCGAUGUCGCUCUGCUCCUUCCAAGCCGGCCGUUGCCACGGCGACCCACUCUUCUACAUCAGUGAAGGCGAGUGCAACCUGGACGAGGAAACCGAACUGAAGUGGCCGAGGUUCAGAGCCAAGAUGUCGGCCAGGAGUUCGUUGCACGUGCCGUGCGGCUUGGACACCUGCUACGACUGGGAGACCUGCACCGCCUCUAAGAAGUGCCAGUGCAAAGCUGCUCUUGACUGCCCCAGAACCUCGGACCAGAUGUUCUGCGUGAAGCUGAAGCCGAUGCAGAUGAUCCGGAGCAUGAGUCUCUGCACUCUGGGGGCGAUCAGCUACAGCGGCCGGGAGUAUGAAAUUCUCAACGAGGGCGUUUGUCAGAGCAGAUGAUGGUCCAAGUAAACCUCCCUGCAGCUACAGAUGAUUAUUAAAAAUUAUUGAAGGGUUUUUGAAAGUAGUUAAUCAUGGUUGGUUGUCCUGAGUGUUGCUAUUUUGUGGAUGUAAUCAGUGGUUGGUAGUUAUCCGCGCUGGCAUUUAAAGCUCUAUUUUACUUUGUAAUGCAAUAAAACUUUAUAUUUAAAA